UAGUGAUCGGGAGCUCCUCUCAGAACUCACUGAAUCCCUGAUCACCCAGCAUCAAGUGUUUAAGCAUUCAAAAAAUUGUAUUGACGAUCAGUUCCAGUCCAGGGACAGCAUUAUCAUAAAAAGCUGUCUACAGGUAUCAAAAUACAAACUUGUCAACGUGUCAGGAUGAUGGGUAGCUUUUGGCAUCGAGAAAAGACAAGGUGUACAGUACUAUUAACUUUUACUGGCAUUCUAUGGAUUCUUCCAAUCGUCAAGAUGGAAACGUGUGAUCCCAGUAUAGAAAUUAGGCCCGUUGUAAACAUCAUUUCAAGUCCAAGAAACAACAUACUACCCAUUGGUGCCUCCAUAACCCUGACUUGUACAGCGCAGCCCAGAGAGAGAGAUUCUGUCUAUCUGGAUAGAUGGGUCGAUUAUAUUGAGUGGUACGAUCCUCAGGGUAGACCUGUUGGAUAUAAAUGCGAACAGCCCUCAGACGUACAUGAUCAUAAAAGGAUAUUAAGCUGCCCAUUAGCGCUUAAAAAACUGACAGCUGAGAGUUUUGGCUCCUACAGAUGUCAAGCGGGUAACGGUUACAGAAUGCACUGCACAAUGAUAUCAUUUGAAGUGGGGAUGAAAGGCGCUGAGGUAAUGUUAACAGAAGUUCCACAGCAUCAAAGUGUUGAGAUAGGGGCCAAUGUAACUUUCAACUGCACUGCCAAAGGUCGUCUUUUUAAACCAACCAUCUCAUGGUUCAAGAAACGCGAUUUAAUUACUUUACAAUCCAAUUCAAGUUUAAAUGUCAUUGAAAAGUCGCUGGACGGAAACAGCAUGCAAAGUCAGCUCUUAAUUACGGGAGUGAAUAACGAAAGUUUUGGCCAAUAUCGAUGUGAGGCAGAAAACAGCAAUGGUGAUUACAAAGCUGUAUCGUGGGCUUUUUUAACCGAGAAGGGUUCAGAAAUCCAAACACUUGAGAUUGCUGAAGAUCCAAGGCAACAACGUGUCUCGAUCGGUUCCGAUGCUUCUUUUAGUUGCGCUGCUAAGGGUAUUCCGAGGCCAACCAUCGACUGGAUUAAGGAUAAUGCCACACUAACCUCAAAGAACAACCCUAGAGCAAAUGUUAUAGCAGACAACCAAAGAAUUCGUAGCCAGCUGUUGAUAACUGAAGUGGAGAUGGAAGAUCGUGGCAUAUAUCGGUGUAUUGCGAAAAACAGGGAUGGGAGCAGACAAUCAGAAGUGGCUGUGUUAAAUAUAGAUCCGUUACCAGAAGAACCCAAAGAAAAUUCAACAUCUCAGAUGACAAUUAUGGUCGUAUUAUGGGCUUUGGUUGCUGCUCUUAUCUGUGUAAUGAUCUGGAUUGUGUGGACUCGGCUCAAAAAACGUAGUAAACAGCUAAAUGACCGGCAGUUGGUUACAAUCGCAUUUCAAAUAGCCGCAGGAAUGCAGCACUUAGAGGAGAGAAAGUUCGUUCAUCGCGAUCUGGCAGCGAGGAAUAUUUUAGUAGAUGCCAACUUAGUGGCUAAGGUUGGAGACUUUGGAUUAGCCAGGGACAUAUCUGAUGCUGGAAUAUACACCAUAGCCUCUAAC